GGAGAAUUCAUAACCGGAGACCUGAACGCCGAUUGAUUUCUUCGAUUCGCAUUUUAACUUCUUUGCUUUUUCUUUUUGAUUCAAGAAACUCCCUGUAACUAUUUCGACGGAAAAGUAAACAGAAAAAAGGUCCAGUGACGGCAUCACCACGUUCUUUCGCCGACGAUGGACGGUUAAAUUGGACCAAGAAAACUAAGGCUGUGUCGCUUCUACAGGAAACCCGCAAAGAUAUGGAGGAUGUUUUGUGUGCUUGGCCACUGUAAUCUUGUUUUCUGCAAGUUUUGAUUGUUUAGAGUUAUGAUUGGAAGGUGUUCGAUGAAAUUACAAAGAGAAAUUCGAUUUUAAAGUGCUAUGAUCUAUGGAUUACUGAGGAAUUUUCAUUUUGAGCACCUGAUUUUUGGGUGCUAGGAUGGAGAAAUAGACUUUCUUUUAAUGAAGAUCGGCCACGUAUCUUUGGUUUCCAGGUAAAAGCUUUAUUUUAAUAGAAACGAUGGUGUACUUGUAUAUAUGAAACCAAGUUAUGCUUCUAGUUGAUUAAUUGGUAGUAAUAAGAUGGCAAGACAGGCUAGGGCUGUUUUUCUUGAAGAAUGGUUAAGGACUAAUAGUGGCGGCAGUGGUAGUAUUGGACCUGUUUCUGGGCAUCCGUCGUCUUCUUCAUCUGCUCGGGCAAUCAUUCAAGCAUGGUCUGAACUAAGAGAGUCCCUUCAGAAUCAGUCAUUCCAUUCCCAUCUUAUCCAAUCUUUGAAAACCCUUGUUAAUUCCCAAAACUCUCUCCAUGUUGCUGAACCCCAAGCUAAGCUUCUAAUAUCCAUUCUUUCUUCUCAAACCAUUGCUCUUCCAACUGAAUCAUAUCCUCCAUUGCUUAGGCUUCUUUAUAUUUGGGUUAGGAAAUCCUUCAGGCCUUCUGCUCAGCUCAUUGAUUCAGCUGUGGAUGUCCUUUCUCGUGUGUUCACCACUGAAUUUGCUAUGAAGAAGAGUCCUCCUUUCCUUGGUCAAGGUAUACUCAUUUUAGGGGCCAUUUCAUUUUCACCACAAGUGUCAGAAAACUCAAAAAAGGUGUGUCUGGAUUUGCUUUGUAAGCUGUUGGAAGAAGAACACCCCUUACUCAGGUCAAGCCAAGAUAUUAUUGCUGAUGUGCUUGCAGGGAUUGGGUAUGCAUUAUCUUCUUCUGUGAAUGCUCAUUUUGCUAGAGUUUUGGAUUCUUUAUUUCGAAUUUGGGGAAGGGAAGAUGACAGUUCUGGUUCAGUUUCUACUGGACUCAUGAUUCUGCAUUUAGUUGAAUGGGUUGUGUCUAGUUUCAUCGAAUCACGUUCCUUGAUGAAAAUACAAGAUUUUUCCAGGUGGGUGUUGGAGACACCAAAGACAAGCUGUGUUCCAUUUGCUUUUGUAAUGGCUGUAGCUGGGGUAUUGAGAGCUUGUAAUAGAUUUGUCUCAAGUGGUCAGGGGACAGAGAUUGUUUCCAAACUAAAGAUUUCUGCAGAAAAUCAAAUAGCAUCUCUAGCAGAAGAUUUGAUUUCUAAAACCAAAGGAUUGCUUACUUCGGAAUAUGAUCCUACAAAUAGCCUUCUUUUACAGUGUAUCUCAUUAGCUUUGGCUCGAAGUGGUUCAGCAGCAUCUUCAAGGGGCUCUCUGCUUAUAUGCCUUGCUUCAACCCUGUUGACUGAAAUCUUUCCCUUGCGCGAUUUAUAUGCUAAGAUUCUUAAAUUUCCCCAUAGCAGUUGGCCUACAUUGGGAUUCGGUGAGGUUAAGGAACAUUUGGUCAGUGUUGCUUUUAAGGAAGCAGGGUCCAUAACUGGUAUUUUCUGCAAUCAAUAUGCCUCAGUGGAUGAAGAGAGCAAGGCUUUAGUGGAGAGUUUUAUAUGGGACUACUGUCAAGAUGUCUACUUGGGACAUCGUCAAGUGGCUUUGUUGCUUCGUGGUCAAAACAAUGAGCUACUAGCAGAUGUGGAGAAAAUUGCCGAAUCUGCUUUUCUUAUGGUUGUAGUUUUUGCAUUGGCUGUUACAAAGCAUAAGCUGAAUUCAAACUUCUCUGUAGAGAUGCAGAGAAAGACAUCAGUCCGGAUAUUAGUUUCUUUCUCUUGCUUAGAGUAUUUCCGACGUAUGCGUUUGCCAGAAUACAUGGAUGCAAUUCGAGGAGUUGUUGCAUGUAUUCAGGAGAAUGAAGAAGCCUGUGUCUCUUUUGUAGAAUCAAUGCCCUCCUAUUCAGACUUGACUAGUUGGAAAGGUUUUUCAUUCAAGCAGGACACGCAGUAUGUAUGGUCCAAGGAUGAGGUGCAAACUGCUCGAAUUUUAUUUUAUUUGCGGGUAAUUCCAACCUGCAUUGAACGCUUGCCAGCUCCUGUAUUUAGAAGGGUGGUUGCUCCAACUAUGUUUCUAUAUAUGGAACAUCCAAAUGCAAAAGUAGCCCGGGCCUCACAUUCUAUGUUCACAGCAUUUGUAUCUUCAGGGAAAGACUUCAAUGAGGAUGAAAGAGGGUUGUUGAAGGAGCAACUUGUCUUCUACUAUGUACAAAGAUCUUUAGUGGGAUAUCCUGGCAUUACUCCAUUUGAGGGUAUGGCUUCUGGAGUUGCAGCCUUGGUUCGACAUCUACCUGCAGGAAGCCCAGCCACAUUUUAUUGCAUUCACUCUUUUGUUGAAAAAGCUAACAUGCUCUGCAAUGAUGUUUCUUUACUGAAGGCUGAUUUGUGGAAGAACUGGCAAGGAAGCUCGGAGCCUUGUAAAAAGGUCCUGGAGUUGCUUUUGCGUCUGAUAUCUCUUGUAGAUAUACAGGUACUACCAACCUUGAUGAAGCAGUUGGCACAGCUGAUUGUUCAGUUACCAAAAGAUGGCCAGAACAUGGUUCUCAACGAGUUGUAUGCCCAGGUUGCUGAAUCUGAUGAUGUUACCCGUAAACCCACCUUAGUUUCUUGGUUGCAGUCAGUAUCCUACCUCUGUUCUCGAUCUGAAAGCACAGAUCAAACCUCUAAACCAAGCGGAUGCAAAGAAAACCCAGCAUGUCCGGGGAUAACAGAUCCUUCAAACUUGGGUAAAAUAAAUGCACGUCUCUGAGAAAUUGAGGCUGCAACUUGUCAUAGCUGAUUUUCUUUUGUUAUGUAUACUAGACACUUCCUUCUAGUUAUGUUUCCUAUAUUCAAGCCAAAGAUGUGUUUUGAUGAUUCAGAAUUGGUUCCAAAAGCAAUAAAACAUGCCCACCAUA